AUGAUGCUGGCGAAGUGCGGUGGGGCUUCCGAGCCCGUUGGUGCAGGCCGGGGCAGAGUUCUGACGCCGCAGGACGACGGUGGAGGUUCUGCCCCGGCACGGCCGUCCGGAAACCAGGGGCCGGGGGGCUUCCCAAACAACGUGUACGCCCUGGCCGCUGCCGUUUUCCGGAAGGCUCGCAUGGAGCAGGAGGCCACCUGUGGGGAGCCGGGUGACGGCAGGAGGAAGGAUCAGCACCUCCCCGAGGUCAAGGAUGAGGAGGCUCGGCGCCGGGCCUACAAGCUGGCUUUCGACACCCUCGCUUACCUUGAACUUCUCAACGAUAUUAUGAUUGACAGUUGCUUCAACCUUUUGCAGCCUUUGCCAGAUGAUCAGAUGAGCCUGGUGAUGGUCAUGCUGUAUGACCUACAGGAGAGGAAGUUUCUACCCAGAAAGCGAGGAAAUUCUGAGAAAGACAGACAGCUGGUGGAAGUAAGGGAGGUGGAAAUUUGUCUGUACAGCCUUCGAGAUGUGUGCAGCGCCCUGGAGAGAGGGGGAUUUUCGCAGGUGAAAUCGAUCGGGCAGCUGGAAGGUCCGACGUUCUGCCAGGACCCUCACUGUCCGGAUUUGCUGGCCUUCCGCGCCCACCUCGAGGCCGACCUUUAUGCUGCUCGGCUCUUCGGCGAUCAUAAGCUGCUUGUUCAGGACAAGUGUCGUAGCCUGGCUCUCAGCUGCUUGCGACCCCUCUUGACUCGGAGUUGUCAUGUGCUAGUGGCUGGAUACCUCUCGGUCUCGACUGUCACCCAAGCGGCCAUGCUGGCAUCAUCAGAUUCCGCACAGGUUCGAGUCUGCUGGCUGGGACGCACCCCGUCUCAGAGAGAGGAGCUUCCGGACACCCUGGCGAGCAUGGGCUGCAAAAAUGUAAAGUUGGUGGGGGAGAGCUUCCUGGAACUGGACCCCAGUGACCCAUCGGUGCAGAAGGUCCAAGUCAUUCUGCUGAUGCCCCUGUGUUCUGCCUCCGCCGUCAGCAACCCAGUGGAGCUUCUCCUUGCUGAGGGCCAAGAGCUGGACCUGCUCCACGACCUCUCCCAAGAGACCUUCUCACAGCUGAAGCUGGACACCCUGGCGGCCGGGCAGAUGCGCGAUCUAACACACGCAAUGAAGUUCCCCCAGGUGCGGGCAGUGCUGUAUUCCACAUGCUCUACGUACCGGGAGGAGAACGAGGAGGUGGUGGAGAGGGCACUGCGGCAGGGAGGGGGUUCCAAGCAACGGAUGUUCAGGUUGCGGCCCACUGCGCUGUCCCAGUUCAGCACUUUGGUGGCAGGAAAACCCAGACACCCAUUUCUCAAAGUGGAUCCAUCCAAGGACAGCAACGGCUGCUUCGUGGCCCUGCUGACCAGGGAGGUGAGCGUCAGGGGCUUGUUGGCAGGUGGCUUCUUUUGCAAAGUCACUGUGACAGGUGGCAUCUUGGUGGUGACAGCUGCACAGCUGAGCGGGUUUGACACGAAGCAGGUGGCGGUGGCGGCAGAGCCGAGUCUCAAAGUCGGAGACGCCAGUAGACCCCGCAUCCUGACAGAGCGCCAUACGGCCUGGGGUCUGGAGUGA